GAAUAAAGUUACAGUCUGAAGCUUGCCUUCCCCUCUGACUCCUGUGUCUCCUCUCCUGCAGCAUGGUGUGGCUCCCCAGAGUUCCCUGUGUGGCAGCUGUGAUCCUGUUGCUGACAGUGCUGAGCCCUCCAGUGGCUUUGGUCAGAGACACCAGACCACGGUUUUUGGAAUACUCUACAUCUGAGUGUCAUUUCUACAACGGGACGCAGCGCGUGCGGUUUCUGGAAAGAUUCAUCUACAACCAGGAGGAGAACUUGCGCUUCGACAGCGACGUGGGCGAGUACCGCGCGGUGACCGAGCUGGGGCGGCCAGACGCCGAGAACUGGAACAGCCAGCCGGAGAUCCUGGAGCAAAGGCGGGCCGCGGUGGACACGUACUGCAGACACAACUAUGAGAUCUCCGAUAACUUCCUUGUGCCGCGGAGAGUUGAGCCUACAGUGACUGUGUACCCUACAAAGACGCAGCCCCUGGAACACCACAACCUUCUGGUCUGCUCUGUGAGUGACUUCUACCCUGGCAACAUUGAAGUUAGAUGGUUCCGGAAUGGCAAGGAGGAGAAAACAGGAAUUGUGUCCACGGGCCUGAUCCGAAAUGGAGACUGGACCUUCCAGACGCUGGUGAUGCUGGAGACGGUUCCUCAGGCUGGAGAGGUUUACACCUGCCAGGUGGAGCAUCCCAGCCUGACCGACCCUGCCACGGUCGAGUGGAAAGCACAGUCCACAUCUGCACAGAACAAGAUGUUGAGUGGAGUUGGGGGCUUCGUGCUGGGCCUGCUCUUCCUGGGAGCAGGGCUGUUCAUCUACUUCAGGAAUCAGAAAGGACAGUCUGGACUUCAGCCAACAGGACUCCUGAGCUGAGAUGAAGUAACAAGGCUGAAGGAAGGAGUUCCCCCCGUGUCUCCAUGCCAUGAAAACAUGUCCUGCUUGGCCCACAUUCCUCCAGAGACACUGCUCUCCCAGGACCUGGCUCCUCCUCAUUCUCCACCCUGGAGAUCUGUGCUCCUGAUGGCUGCUUAUCCCUGACCCAGGCCUUGCAGCUCCCAGGACAGAGGCCCCACUCUUCACAUCCCCUGUCCCCUUUUGUCCCUUGCCUUUUGUCUGGCACUUCUGAGCCAGUCUGCUGUCAUAUGCGUUCUUACAUUUUUCUCAAAUAAACAAAGAAUGAAAGUCA